AUGUGUUGGCGCCCCAAACUCCGCGACGAGGAAGUCUUUGCGGACAUCCUCGGCUCGUUUAGCGUGCACCCGACUCUCCAGCAGAACAUCGCACGAAUCGACGGCUCCUUCUCCUCUCCGCUCAGCGACCUGCAACGCUUCGUAAUCGUCCUCGGCUUGUGCCAGCGGGACCUCUUGUGCAUAGCGCCGGCGGGCUUCGGUCAGUGGGCGGCCGCGCUGGUGUCGAUGCUGGCCGUCACGAAUCGACACCGCAAGAUCUACUCGGAGCCGCGCCAGGGACUCUGCCCGGAUGCGCUCAUCCUCUGCGCCACCGACGCGGCCUGCAACGAGGUGGCGGAGCUGGGCGAGAAACUGGCGAAGGGCACCGACCUGCAAUGCUUGCGCUGCGACGCCGGGAGCCAGGGCCCGGGCGGGCUGGUCCUGGUGGCCACGCCGCAGGAGCUGCUGGAGUUCAAGGAGCAGGUCGACCUCAAGGAUUGUUUCGGUCUCGUCCUGCAUGGAGCGAGCACGAUGCUCGACAUGGGCUUGAUGGGCGACCUGCGCCGAAUCACCAAACACCACGGCAUGCCAAAGGCAGAUCAUCGACACACGAUGGUCUUUGGCUCCCACAGUCCGAGGCUCAAGGAACUUGCCAGCGAGCUCCUUUUCGUCCCGCUGACCGCGACGACGGCCCCAUCACCAUGGAGGUGCGCCGAGUAG